GAAGUGUUGCUUGCGCCUGCGCAACAAAAGGGAGGCGGGACUCGCCGCAGCGAGUUCGCGGUAGUUUUGACGCGCUCCGGAGCCCUCGGUGUCGGCUGCCCUCGGUGUCCGCCGCCAUGGCCGAGUACGCUUCCGUCAAGUCCACCAAGCUGGUGCUGAAGGGCACGAAGGCCAAGAGCAAGAAGAAGAAGAGCGCGGAGAAGAGGAGGCGGGGGGACGAGGAGGAGGAGGCGCAGCUGGACUGCGUGGGAAACUGGUGGGCGGUCAGAAACUUGGGGGAGAUUUCCGGAACCAUCGCGAUCGAGAUGGACAAAGGAACCUACGUCCACGCCCUGGACAACGGCCUCUUCACUCUGGGAGCGCCCCAUAGAGAAGAUGAUGAGGGCCCCAGCCCCCCUGAGCAGCUCACGGCGGUCAAGCUGUCUGAUUCCAGAAUUGCCCUCAAGUCCGGCUACGGGAAGUACCUUGGCAUAAAUUCAGACGGCCUGGUUGUGGGGCGAUCCGAUGCGAUAGGACCCCGGGAGCAGUGGGAGCCGGUCUUUCAGGACGGGAAGAUGGCUUUGCUGGCUUCAAACAGCUGCUUUAUCAGAUGCAAUGAAGAAGGUGACAUAGAGGCCAAGAGCAAGACUGCAGGGGAGGAAGAAAUGAUCAAGAUUCGCUCUUGUGCGGAAAGAGAAACCAAGAAGAAAGACGACAUUCCUGAAGAAGACAAAGGAAACGUGAAGCAAUGUGAAAUCAACUACGUAAAGAAAUUCCAGAGUUUCCAAGACCACAAACUUAAAGUAAGCAAAGAAGACAGCAGAGCGCUGAAGAAGGCCCGGAAAGAUGGACUUUUUCACGAGACGCUCCUGGACAGGAGAGUCAAGUUGAAAGCUGACAGAUACUGCAAGUGAGGGCCAGGUUCUGUCUGCCUUUUUAUCGUUAUUCCUGAAUAAAACGCUCGGCCCAUGGGAUUCUGUGUACAGAAAAGUUGUGUCCUUUGUGUGGUGACCGUGGCGUCACCCCGGGGCCUGGCUGGAGGACCCGCAUUCUCCUUGGUUCUGCCGCUGCACUCCCCCCACCUGGAGAAGGACCCGCAAUCCUGGGGCACUGCAGGCGCCUCCUGCGGGACCAGAUCCAGGCAUUUAAGUUGGGGCGCGUGGCCCGUUGGCUGAAAACUAGAGCAGAACUCGAUUUCAAAGCCCGAUGGGGAGAAACUGCAGCUUGAUGCAGGCCCAGAGAGGCACAGGCCACAGGGUGAAGACUUUGAAGACCCUUCCCCAUGCCUACAGUGUCUCCAGGGAACGGGAUGGCCCCUUGCAGGGGGCCCUGCCUGAGGGGCAUCCCAUGGGUGGGUUCCUCACCGCACGUCCCAGAAGGGUAUCAGUUCACCACGCUUCCCUCCUUCAGGGGAAUGGUACCAUGCUCACCCUGACAGUGGUCCUCCAGCUCCUGGGAAAGAAAGCGGCCAGAGGGGGCAGGGCCCUCAGGGUCUCGCCCAUGGUGCAGCAAGGCUGUGGUGCCUGGGGUGCACCCCCACCCCACAAUAAACCUUACCUCUGGAUUGA